GGCCGGAAGUAAUUCCUUAGUACAAACAAACCUGAUGAGGAACAGCGUAGUUGUUAUACCGAAUCAGGGAUACAGUUGUUUUGAAACUACUGAUUUAGACUUGUUACGUAAAUGUCAAAUGGCAAUAUUUCACUUUCAGAGAUGCAUGUUUGCUGACCCUGUCAUCUUAUAAGCCCACAUGGCUUAAGUUACUCUUGCAAGUAAGCUUGGAAGCUAGUUGGCCUGCUAGCUAAUGAAGCAGCAGACAACUAUUAAUAACGUAACGUUAACUCUCCUUGGCUCGUUGAUAAGCUGGAUAACCAUCUAAAAUAUAUUUUAUAUUUGUUUUGUAUGUAACAGUAGAAUUUAUAGACCUAAAAACGUGACAGGAAAAGGAUACUGGAAUGUCAGCGACGACAACAACAAUGGAAAGAAAUCAGAUGUAUUCAAGAGUGUCGAAAAUUGAUCGACUUAAUGCUCGAGUGUCCAAGUUACUCACGGUGGCCGUGCAUGAAGUUCUGGAGCUCGUGCGGGAGACGGUGUCGGAGUAUCAAGAAAACCGCCCGCACUCAGCGGGAGAACGAGAGACUCCGGCAGAGGUUGCACGACGCCCUGGGAAGGCUGGAGAGCGAGAGGGAAGCAGUGAGACGGGUUCAGCUGGCCUCUGUUUUGGAGUGUGCUAUUAUUCAGGAACAGCAGCAGCAGCAGGAUUGUGAUGCAGCCAGGUCUUCUCCUGUGAGCCUUGAGCUCGAGAGCCCUCCGGACGAUGAGAAGCCAGUGGUGGGCGAUGCACAGCGCGAACAGAACGUGGAGGAAAGGCCAGAGGAAGAGCAGAAGCUCUCGGCAGAGGCGCUCACAGAGUGUGCCGUGAGAGUGCAACUGAUGUUAACUGACCACGACAGGACCUCAAGCGGCGAAGGGGCUGCCCCCACUGAAGACACUGUGAGACUCUGCGUUGUCGACGGCAUCAAAAGCGACGCUGACACCGUUGCAGUGAGCCGUGUAACCACACUGACCCCAACGACAGCAAACUGUGUCCUGUCGCCUCGCAAACAAACCUUAGCUGACGCCCACGCGAUUUCGACGGAGCACAUCAAAACCGAGCCGGUCUCGCCAAAGUCCCCCAUCGGCCAGCAGGAGGCGCCAUUGGGCACCUUCGGCCUCACAGAGGACCUGAGUGGCGCCAGGCAGCAGCCAGCUCCUCACCGAACCCUGAACAGUGCUGCUGGGCCCUACAACCUCCUGUUUGUUCCCCAGUCCCAGCCAGCCCCGGCUCAUCCUCAUCAGUCACCGCAGGGCCUGGGCCGACGUCUGGGGCUCGGGUUCGGCCGGGCUCCGCGCCUAUCCGGUGACAUCCGGCGCCAACGUCAGGGUGGCCUGCGCCGCGACGAGCCGCACGUGUGCGGCGUCUGCGGCAAGACCUUCGGCCGGCUGGGCAACCUGCGUAUCCACGAGCGCUGCCACACGGGCGAGAAGCCGUACGCGUGCGGACAAUGCGGCCGCUGCUUCAGCCAGGCUGGCGACCUCAAGAAGCACAGGCGAGUGCACACCGGCGAGAAGCCCUACUACUGUGGACAGUGCGGCAAGAGCUUCAGCCGCGGCGAGAACCUUCGCCGCCACCAAAAGAUCCACGUCGGGGAGAGGGCCCAACUCCAGCAGGCCUGGGUCGACCUUAGACCCACUCAGAACUGAGAAGGUGCAGCGUCCGUCUUUGGACAGGAGAGAUGGACUGAUCCGCACAUGUGCUUCAGGGCGCCACUGAUCCUAUCUGAUGAUGUGUUUAAAAUCUUCACUAUAACAGCAUGUCCUAACAGGAUGCAAUGCGAGCAAAAUUUAGCGGUGAAAUCUGUUUGAUUACAUUGUUUUCAAUUGGAAUUCCUGACUGUACGUACGCGACACGAAGCAGUGCUGUGCAGCUUGAGGCAAAGCAACGUUUUGAGCGAACGUUUUUGUCUCUUUCCUUUCUGUCCGUCGCGUUGCUCGGCUACUUAGAAUGAUAAACUAUUAUGAUGCAAUAUAAGGUCAUGAUAUUGAAUGCAACAAGACCGUUGUUUGCUCAGGUCCUGUUAGGACACGCUGUAAGAUAAAACAAAACUGAACUGACUGAUCAGUGAAUGGGAGUUGAUCUGGAUCAUUGGCUGUAACGAAUGUGAAAAUAAAUUAAUUGGGAGAUGA